CCCCGCCCCCUUGCCGAUGCGCUCCUGUCACGUGUCAGGGUAACUAUAAAAGGCAGUGUACGGGGCUUCUUCCGCUCAGUCUGACCUUUCUCAGUGUCAUAUAGCUGCUGUUUGUUAUCGCUGUUCGACCAUCCAACAUGUCCGCCUCACUAACUCGGCUGUUCCGGAUUCCAAGCCUGGCUCAGGUCACAGCUCGGAGGGGGAUUGCUUCCAAGCCAGCUCGCAGCCCAAUGAGCUCCACGGUGAGUGACCGGGAGGAGGCUGUGCAUGUAGACAUUAGGAGGCCAUGCUGGUAACCCCACAUUGUGAGAGGUGGAGCAGGGUUAUUAUAUAAUAUAUAUUACCUACCGGCUGGUAUAGGGUUAUACAUCAUCAAAAAUACACUCACUAUAUUUCUAUGCAGUUUAUAUUUUCCAGUAUAUGCUUUUAUCAUCCACUGCCAUAGCUGGCACUUCAACCUGCAAUGUUAUUAGUCCAGAUAAGCUCUUUAGGCCCUUCUGAGUUGUGAAAAAUCUAUUGUCUACAGGGCAACUGCAAUGACAAAAUCACCAUAUAGGGUGUAACUCUUAAAUCUAUGCAGUGUUUUUGUUACAAAAGUUUACUUUAGUUUUUUUUUUUUUAUAUAAAGAUCAUAAUUUUGACUGUUAACCUGUGUGCCAUUUAUGUAAAUGUUAAAACAAUAUAGUUAUGUCUUAUCCUGCUCCUAAAUAUUUGAAUAGUGUAGCCCUUUUUUUAUCUAUUUUUGUUUGGGAAACUGGAAAAAAUGUCUCUUAGUAGUCAGAUUGUAGACUGACUUCAGUACACUUAUUUAUAGUGUUGGGAAAAACAAAUGGAUCUCCUUUGCCAAGCGUUAACUUAAAGGACCACUCUAGGCACCCAGACCACUUCAGCUUAAUGAAGUGGUCUGGGUGCCAGGUCCUUCUAGGGUUAACCCAUUUUUUCAUAAUUAUAGCAGUUUCAGAGAAACUGCUAUAAUUAUAAAUGGGUUAAGCCUUCCCCCUAAUCCUCUAGUGGCUGUCUCAUUGACAGCCACUAGAGGCGCUUGCGUGCUUCUCACUGUGAAAAUCACAGUGAGAGCACGCAAGCGUCCAUAGGAAAGCAUUAUGAAUGCUUUCCUAUGCGACGGGCUGAAUGCGCGCGCAGCUCUUGCCGCGCGUGCGCAUUCAGCUCAGGAGGAGGAGAGCUCUCCGCCCAGCGCUGGGAAAAGGUAACUUUUUAACCCUUUCCCCCUUCCAGAGCCGGGCGGGAGUGGGUCCCUGAGGGUGGGGGCACCCUCAGGGCACUAUAGUGCCAGGAAAACGAGUUUUCCUGGCACUAUAGUGGUCCUUUAAAAUGACAGUAUAGGUUCAGACCACUUCGUCUCACUGAAGUGGUCUGGGUGCAAUGUCUGUUCCCUUUAAAGGGACACUCCAGGUACCCAGACCACUCAUGCCCAUUGGAGUGGUCUUAACCCUGCAAGUGUAAUUUUUGCAAAUUUUAUAAACUGCAAUAAUUAUCUUGCAGGGUUAAAUCCUCCUUUAGUGGCUGUCUAUCAGACAGCCACUAGAGAUACUUCCGUGUUCUUAGAACACGAAAAGUGUUUUAAGCAACACUGGACAUCCUCAUGCUAUGUGAGGACCUUCAGCAUCGCCAAAAUCACCAUAGGAAAACAUUGAAUAAUACUUUCCUGUGGGGAGGUCUAAUGCAUGGCCAUUGCCGCACAUGUGCAUUAGCUCUCCCUGCUGGCUGAUGCAGGGGUGGGGGGAGUAGGUGGAGCCUGACAUUGGCGCUGGACUUUAACCCCUUCAGCAACUUAGGAUGGGGGUUGGCAGGUAGAGGGGCACUGCAGGGUCCUGCAGUGCCAGGAAAACAAAUGUUUUCUUGGCACUAGAGUCUCUUUAACACUGCAAUGUUAACUAUUGCAGUUUCAGUGAAACUACCGUAAUUGGAUUGCAGGGUUAAGGCUGCCUCUAUUGGCUGUCAAUCUGACUGCUUCUAGAGACACUCACUGCUUGCUAUAGGAUUUUUGGUUAGCUAAUGCUGGACAUCCUCAAGCUCUGCGUGAGGGCAUCAGUAAAAUCCCUAUAGGAUAACAGCAGUGUUUUCCUAUGGGAAGGGCCUAAUGCGCUGCUGCACAUGCGCAUUAGCCCCUUAUCUAGUGACUUCAAAGGAGGUGGUGCAAUGACCCAGCCCCUGGAAUCAGGUGAGUACAGUAAGGGUUUAACUUUAACAGUGGGGUGCAGGGCUGUGAGAGGGGAAGGGGGCUGGUGGCAGAGGCAGCUGUAGUACUAGGGAUACAACUUUGUAUUCCUAGCACUAUAUAUCCAUUUAACUAUACACCAGUGGUAAGUGUCCAGCCCAACUCUGCCUGCCAGGAGAUUGGUACUGAUGGUCUCCUGGUCAGUUUGAUGCCUCUCAUAUAGAAGCAUUGGGUUGCAUGGGCAACAAUUGCCACCCUGCCCCUGGAAUGCUUGUUGUAAAGAAGCAUUGAAUGAGAUGUGAGGUGUGUAAAAAGUGAUGCCUUAGGAGCACCAUCUUGGCUGUCUGACAGCUUGGUGGGAGCAAACUUGUCCCUUUACAACUGUCCAUUUCUCUGACUUGACAGUAGUGUUUUUUUGGUGUGACACUGGAUAACACUAGUUAGUCUGUUUUAUGGUUUAUAUGCAAUAGUUUCCUGUCAAGCAACUUUCCCACUGGCUUGAGGGAAAAUGUGGCUUUACCUUUCACACAUCCUUCGUUCUCUACAGCAACACUGGUAAUACAAAUAUUUAUACUUUAUCAAGUGCAAAUUUGAUCAAAUCUUGAUGCCACUCCUGAGUGUUGAUCUAGAUCUACCCCACCUCAGUGAGUUGCACAUGAGGUGGGCUCUGGGUGCCAGGAGAGCCAUGUUUGUUUUUUUGUCAAAUAGCUCAAAGAUGGCUUGCCAGUAAAGCAAAGGAUGGCAUUUAGAUUCCUAGUAUCAUAAUCAUUAUAAGGAGCUGUAGUGGUCAUGCUGCUUAGACUGACUUAGAACAUCCACUCAUUAUAACCAUUAUAUCACACUGCAGUGAUUAUGGUGUCAGGAAUUCCCAUGUAGCAUUCCCUGCGUGAGUCAAUUUUCUAAUGACUUGACACUGGGCUUCCUUGCAAGGAAGCCCUCAGGUCGACCUCUAAAAUCACUAAUACAAAAGCUUCUACUUUCGCUUUAAUUACAUAAAUUUCACUGUAGUUGGGUGGAAUUCAUUGGCUGGGUAUGAAUACCAUUCAAAGAAGAUAAAAUCUUUAUGCAAUGCUCACAUUGACUGUUGGAAUUUCACUGAAAUUCUUAUGCUGUCAAAAGAGAUUCUAGGACAAAGUUGAAGCUUCAUUGUCUUUGUAUUUUUCUUACACGUAACAAAGGCAAAGCUACAUUUGUCAAGUUUUAUCUUAUCCUCCCUGCAGUCACUCAUGACGGCUGUAGGGAAAGACAUUAAAGUGGCACUGACUCCCCCACAAUGGAAAAAUGAAUAUUUUGUAAAAAUAAAUCUUUAUGAAUACUUUGACUGUCACUUCACUGGAAUUAGUCAAGAGAUAAUGAGACAAAAUAACUUUCUCUGUAUAUCUCCUCUGCCUGACCUUUUUUUUUUUUUUAAGACUAAGGGCAGAGUCUGAGUCAAUCCAGACAGGCAUCAGAGAAUUGGCUGUCUAUGGAGGGUCUUGUGGAAUCCUAGACCUCACUGCUGUACUGUCCCGAAUAAUCAAAGAUUCAUUGAUCACAAAACUGAGGUCCUGCCAUGACCAUCCUGGUCUCUUGACUUGAAUCCCAUAGAAAACCUAUGGGGUGAACUAAAGGGUCUGCCCAUAUCCACUUUGACAUUUGAAAGGGUGCAAGUGAUUGUCCCACGCUUGCAUACUUUUUUUUUAAAUAUAAAUGUUUUUUUCUUUUUUCAAAAGGGAUAAACCACAAUUGCAAGCAUAAGCACUGAAGGCUGUGACAAAUUGCCAAGGGUUCCUAUAUCAGUGGAGGGCACAGUAUGUAUGGGGAAGAUGUAGCUGUCUGAAUGCACAGAUCUGCAGCCCCUUAAAGAGGUUACUUGGACUGUGGUCUCUGGGUGAUAUUGUCCUGGCAGAUCAAUGUAGGGACUGAGACACUGGCCCUCUACUUUAGUUUGGCAGCCAUCUGGCAAAUUCUGGACUUAAUAGAAGAUCUAGUGAGUAGUAAAACCCAAAUCCGAACACCAUGCAGAGAAUUUAAGUCAUCUGCCCUGGACUCUUAUCAAUUUUAAAAUCCACUUACAUCUGUGCUUGACAAAUCCCAGGUCACCAUGUCAACUAGUGUGGGUUUUUUCUGGUGGGUGGCUGAGGGAGCUGUGAUUGUCUUGGUCUGCUCCCUCAUGUGUCCUGUGAUGUCACUUCGCCCCAUCGCUAAACAAUGGAGCAGAUGAAGGUGACAGCAUCCCAAAUGGAAAGGAUCCACUUCAACUCUCCCAAUGGUAGGGAGGCUGGAUGGACUUUAAAUUAAAAUAAAUUGAGUGUGAGAAUGUGCCUUUGUGUCGAAUCAGUGUAUUUAUCACGGAGUGUCUGUUUAGGUUACUAACCCCCUCUCCUAUAACUUGGGAAAGGUGUUCUUACUCACUUCCCCAUGCCAUGCUGGUCCCACCUCCACUGGCCAAGAUCCCAUAUCUUGAUGAUCUCAGCCAAUCCAAUGCUUACUUAUUGUAAAGGUUUGGGACUCAAUACUGCAUGUGCAACCACACUGUACUCUGCCACUCAGAAUCUUGUUGUAGAUACAUUGAAUCCAUUAUCUCUAUGGGAUCAAUAAUAAUCUUCAUGCAAACAGUGGAGACUCUUAACAUAGGUGCCACCCUGGACUAGGAAGUACCUCUAGUGACUGACUAGAGUUACUAACUGCCACUAGAGGUGUUACUAGGAAGCAAUGUAAAUACUGCUGCUGCUCUGAAAAGGCAUUGUUUACAUUGAAAAGUCUGCAGGUACAAGCUAUAGACACCAGAACCACUACAUUAAGCUGUAGUGUCUCCUUUUUAAGAAUUGUAUUUUUAUCAUUGAAAAUAAAGCUUUGUUCAAAAAAAUCCUGGCUCCUAGAUUCAAAGCAAAUUUGUCAAGACCUGAUUUACUCAACGCUAUUGCAUCCAUAAUACUGGCACUAAUGUUGCAGUAGGCAGUGUUCAUAUAACCUGGAAUUUACUAUCCAUCAGAGUGCAAUGUGUUCACCUGUCACGUAAAUUUAAAAAUAAAAUGUGUGGUUACACUGAUCCAGAUAGGGGAAAGGGCAUGCAGUAGAAGAGCUUAAUAUGAAAACAUCUAUAAACACAACAUCCUCGUGCUAUGCGUGAGUAUCUAGCCUGGCAGAGAUCACGCAUAUUUAUUUCUGAAUGCUAGAAGGUAGGCUUGCAUGAAGGAAUGUUUCACUGGCUACCAACAGUUGAGUUGGCAGCCUUGCUUAGACAGCGUUUUCAUUCAGACAUUUUAUUUGAUCUCUACUACAGAGCCAACAAACUGUAAUCCCACACAUGGCUGACGUUAUGAAUUAGAUUUAACCUCUUUAUGACUUCCGAGGACAGUCAUAUAAAGGAAUUUUGCAGUAUGUGAAAACGUGGAUUUUUUUUACUUCAUAUUAAAGGAACACUCCACAUCUAAUGCAGUUUAGUUUGCUGAAGGGCUUUAUAUGUAGUCCUUAGUUGUUAAGCUCAGUAGAGCUUAACUCAAGAGGCAGCAGUUACAGAGCACCUGUCAUGCAAAGACUUCUCAGACUUUGAGCUGCAUUGGAAAGUCUGAUUGGACAGCCACAGAACAUCUGGGCUGAGUUUGGGGGAGGGGGACUUGCAAAGGUAGCAGACACAAGAUGCUUUUGCAAGCUGUUUUUGCAUAUAACCCUAAAUGAGCAGGGCAUGUUUUCACUUUGGGUUGAUCUAGAAAGUGUAUUUUAGUAGAUCACAGGUUAAAGGGACACUAGUCACCAUAACUACAGUUUAAUGUUAUGGUGAGUAUAGUAUGACCCUGCAGACACUUUCAUGUAAACACUCUUUUUUUCAGAGAAAAGGCAGUGUUUACAUUGCUGCCCAGGGACCUUCAGUGGCAGUCAGACAUAUACGAAACUUCCCAGCAGAUGCAUUGAUUCAAUGGGAAAGCACUGAAUUGUUUGAGAUGUGAACUGUAACUUCUGAUCUCAACCAAAGGAGGCAAAGUCAGCACUGUCAGACUUGUGCAGUGCUGGAAUAGAGGUGAAUUUUGCAGCUUUUAAAGGAGGGUGCCACCUAAACUUUCCUUUUUUUUUUUUUUUUUCACACUAGCAUCAAGGAUACAUGUUUGUAUUACUAAUUCUAUAGUGUUCCUUUAAAGCACAACUUUAAUGAAUCUAGGCUUAUUCAGUAGUGUGAAAUCCAAACAUAAAGCAAAAAUAAAGUUGACUUGAAUCUUGACAAUCUGGCUAUUUCUGCCUUACAUUUGUAAUAUUCUGACUUUCUAGCAUAUGACAUUUUGAUCAAUAACCAUGCUAGUGUUAAAGGACCACUCUAGGCACCCAGACCACUUCAGCUUAAUGAAGUGGUCUGGGUGCCAGGUCCUUCUAGGGUUAACCCAUUUUUUCAUAAUUAUAGUAGUUUCAGAGAAACUGCUAUAAUUAUGAAUGGGUUAAGCCUUCCCCCUAAUCCUCUAGUGGCUCUCAUUGACAGCCACUAGAGGCGCUUGCGUGCUUCUCACUGUGAAAAUCACAGUGAGAGCACGCCAGCGUCCAUAGGAAAGCAUUGUAAAUGCUUUCCUAUGAGACUGGCUGAAUGCGCGCGCAGCUCUUGCCGCGCAUGCGCAUUCAGCCGGCGGGGCGUAACGGAGGCGGAGAGGAGGAGAGCUCUCUGCCCAGCGCUGGAAAAAGGUAAGUUUUUACCCCUUUCCCCCUUCCAGAGCCGGGUGGGGGCACCCUCAGGGCACUAUAGUGCCAGGAAAACGAGUGUUUUCCUGGCACUAUAGUGGUCCUUUAAGAACUGGAUCUGAAAAGAGAAAUUCUACUGUAGACUUCAUGUUCACAAAUUACAUUAGACAGCCCUUUCCAGCAUGUGGUUAAUAAAUACUUUUGAAAUUUCCCAUUUAAAAUCCACUUAAUUGAUCUAUAAUGCAUUUGAUUUCAGUCUCACAUUUUUAGUAGAUCAAGGUAAUAUAUUUUUCCAUCUAUCUCCUCCCUCAGGAGUCCAUGAUUGGAUUUACAACAUUCGUUGUAUGCUUCCUGGCUCCAUCCGGAUGGGUUCUCUCCAACAUGGAGGCUUAUAAAAAGAGGGAUUGAAUCCAGCUCUUCAACUGCACUUGUUACAUUCCAUUCGAGAGUCAAGACACAAGGAUACUCAUGUUGCUGGUCCUGAACGCACAUUUUCUCAAUGUCUCUAAAAUUUAGUCUGUUACAUUAAAAGUUUACACUUCUAAAUAUUAAAUUGCAGUUCCAAGUUUGUGUUUUUGUUCUAAGUGUGUAAG